AACAUAUAGACAAGUUACACAACAGGAGUGAGAGUUGGAGAGACAGAGACUACUGGGUGGGUGCACAUUAGAAAUAGAAAUAAUUAAGGAUGGAUAAAGGAAAAGGAGUGAUGGUGGGAGGUCGCAGAUGGGGCGUUGAAUUUACUGACAAUUCCACCACUCCUUCCUCUCGCGACAUCCCCGAUCCACCUGGCUUCACUCGCGCUUCUCAAGAUCAGGAUGAUUCCACUCUGAGUCGCCAAAAGAAGGACGCUGAAGCUAAUUGGAAAUCUCAGAAAGCAUGGGAAGUAGCACAAGCUCCUUUCAAGAAUUUGCUAAUGAUGGGUUUCAUGAUGUGGAUGGCUGGAAGCACAGUGCAUUUGUUCAGUAUUGGUAUUACAUUUUCAGCUCUUUGGCAGCCUAUAAGUGCUCUUCAAGGGGUUGGGAAAGUUUUUGAGCCUUACAAGGACAGUAAAGUGGAACUCCUCGGUCCCAAAUUACUUUUCAUUGCCCUUAACUUGGCGGGUCUAGCACUGGGUGUCUGGAAGCUUAACACAUUGGGUCUUCUUCCAACUCAUGCAUCAGACUGGGUUUCAUCCUUACCACCUGCUCAGGAGGUUGAGUAUUCUGGUGGUGGUAUUCCCCUGCAUUAGGGUGCUUUCUUGGUUUGAUCUCCAGGCGCGGUGAAUUUCCAAGGAUAGAUGAACGUAAAGCGGAAUUAUUGGAGCGGAUAAUUGAAUAAUUCGUGGUUCACUUUGGUCUAACACAAGAGUUUGGUGGUUAUGAUUUCAUGGACCAUACUACUCUUAACUUGUAGGCUUGAAGAAUUAGUUUGUACUUUGUAGUAACUUAAAGUGAUCCAAAGUGUAUAAUUGAAUGUCAUUUUUGUUAAACAUUAUUUAUUGAAUAGAUUUAGGUACGAAGUUAUUACUGUGAAUUUUCCAUUAGUAUGUUGGAAUGAUGAAUUGAUGUAAAAUAUAAAGAAAUGAUUACAUGA